AUGAGUAGUUGCAAAAUAUGGGUGCUCUGUUUCUAUAUUAUUCUCACUCCGACAACCGUUUUUCCGUUGGCAGUCCCUCGAAAGGCUGAGGGUCCUAUUUGUUUAGACGAAAAAGGGAAUUACACAGCUACAAGCAGGCAUGCAGCUAAUCUUAAGGGCCUCCUCUACACUCUCUCUGUAAAUAUCGACGACAGCGGUUUCUAUAGCGGCACACUGGGCACUGCCAAAGCUGUUGCCCUCUGCAGAGCCGAUACUCUGCUCGACGCUUGUAAAGGUUGCGUCAAGGACAACGCCGAAAUCUUAAUAGAUCAUUGUCCGAAACAAUACCAGGCGAUUGUGUGGUCGCAAUUCUGUAUGGUUCGGUACUCAAACGAGACCAUAUACGAGAGGCUAGAUGUUGAACCCGUAACGGUUUUUCGUGGGAAAAUAAAUGUGACCACGAGUCCCGACACGUUUAAGGACAUCCGUAAAGAGCUGAUCGACGAUAUUCGGGCAAAGAUAGCUAACGGCAGCUCUCCUCGCAUGGCUGAGGUGGGGAAUAGGACGACGGGGCCCGGUGCUCAGAAAAUCUACGUGUUCAUGCAGUGCACGCCGGAUUUAUCGCCCACGAAUUGCAGCAGUUGCUUGGUGGAGGCGGCGCUAUAUCUUUCGGGAGAUUCUCAAGCGGGCACUGUCUAUCUGCCCAGCUGCAUUCUACGCUACGCGCCUACAAAUGAUUACAAUAGUACAAGGCUUCAUGAACCAAUAUUGGCAACGUCGUCUUUACCGCCGCCGCCGCCGCCUUUGGUGCCAUCUCCACCACCACCGGUUGAUCAUUCUAUUUUAAUUGGUGAAGAUGUUGAUGGGAUCAGCACUGUUGAAUCCAUACAAUUUGAUUUUGGCAAAAUUAAAGAUUCAACAAAUGGCUUCUCGGAUGAUAACAAGCUGGGGGAAGGUGGUUUUGGACCUGUUUAUAUGGGAAAACUUGAAAAUAGAGGAGAAAUAGCAGUGAAAAGAUUAUCCAAGGAUUCAGGUCAAGGUGAAAUGGAAUUCAAGAAUGAGGUGUUGUUAGUGGCCAAACUCCAGCACAAGAAUUUGGUUAGGCUUUUGGGUUUCUCCAUUCAAGGUAUCGAGCGGCUUCUUGUAUACGAGUUCGUCCCGAAUGGCAGCCUAGACCAAUUUUUAUUUGACCGGAUCAAAUCAUCGACUUUGGAUUGGGAUACGCGUUACAAAGUCAUCGGGGGCAUAGCUAAGGGAAUUCUAUAUUUGCAUGAAGAUUCCAGGCUCCAAAUCAUUCACCGUGAUCUUAAAGCUAGUAAUAUCCUUCUUGAUAAACAUAUGAAUCCUAAAAUCUCCGAUUUCGGUAUGGCAAAAUUAAUUGUGCCAGAUGAAACUCAAAAAAGUACUACCAGAAUUGUCGGAACCUAUGGGUAUAUGGCACCAGAAUACGCUAUUUCUGGUCAGUUCUCUGUCAAAUCGGACGUAUUUAGCUUUGGUGUCAUAAUCCUGGAAAUUAUAAGUGGCCAGAGAAAAAUAUUUAUCCAAAAUGGGGAGGACUCUGGAGAUCUUUUGAGCUAUGCUUGGAGAAGUUGGCGCGAGGGAACCACCGCAAAUUUCAUAGACCCGAUGUUGAGGGCUAGUUCUGGUUCCCAACAUGACAUGAUCAAGUGUAUUCACAUUGCUUUGUUGUGUGUCCAAGAAAAUGCAGUGGACAGACCAACAAUGGCAUCGGUUGUAAUAAUGAUGAAUAGUCUCUCUAUAACGCUACCAAUGCCUUCGAAGCCUGGAUUCUACGUGCCCGUAGGUAGCUUUUCAGGAGCUUCAAUCCCAUAUGAGCAUAGUUUGCAGACAAGUGCCGGCAUUAUAACACAGCGAUUAUUACCUCAAUCUGAUCAUUCAUCUGUCAAUAAAAACUCCUCAACGACCGACUUGUACCCGCUGUAGUGUGCAAAAUAUAAGUAUAAAUAGUUAUUCAAAACAUAUCCAUAUGUUUUUAAUAGUGAGGUUUGAGGCUUGGAGCCACUUUUGGUUUGAUUGUUUUGUUUUUAAUGUGUAUAAUUGGUAUGCUUGUGUAUAUAUCAUGGUUCAAAUAAUUCAAACUUGUUGUAUACGUAUAUGUUAUGCAACAUGGAUUGUUUUCGUAUAAACUUGAUUGGAAUGUUUUUGUGUUAUUAUAGGUGUAUGAGGAGUUGAAUAAUUUUGUCGGGGAUCGAAAAUUUUAGAUGAAUAACUACGGUCUACGGGGUUUGUUGGGCAAAAUUCACACAUUUAAAUGCACCUAUUGCAAACAAGUGGUAAUAGUGCACUCCUUGUUAGGAAAGCAUGC